CUAACUGGCUUCCAGAGUCAUGCUUCAACCAAGUACGAGAUACUACAACAACUUCAACACCCACCCCGUCUUCCUGAUGCUAGCAGCCGUUGAAUCUUGGCCGCCUUGAAAAGGCAACAACAGAAUCAUCAGCGGACUCAUCCUCCCUGUCUGUCCCUUGAUCCAUCCAUCUCGCCUGGCCCUCCUGGCGGGGGGGGGGGGGGGGGGGGGGGGGCUCCGUUGUGUACUAAUCCAUCCCGGGCCAUCGUGGGUCCGCCAGAUCUGGGCUAUCCAGUUUUUCGUCCCCUAUUUGUUGUGUAUUAUCCGCCCGCCGCAUUAAAACCGUUCGAUUCCCGACCCUCCUUUCUCAUAUCCCGCCACAGGAGCGCCGCAUCUCAUCUCGAACAAAGUCCACCAAGCCCUCCCGCCCAGUGCGGUUACCACGUCCGCCUCCGUGGGUCCGGCGCCCUGUAGGGUCAUGUCCGGAGGCAACUCAUGCAGGGCGGCCGACUCCUCUUUAAUCUAUUCACAACGUAGGAACAGGCAUCUGUCUAUAUAGCUUAAGGGACUUGUCCAGAAUCCGGUCUGCCGUCGGGUGAAGAUCGCGGACCGCCUUGUUCGAUUCCCACGUCCCUCGUCCCACGUCCCACGCGACCUUGUCCAUCGCCUCGGUUCCUCCACAGGCGAGAGAUUGUUUGCACCAAGCCUCGUCCCUCUGGAUCGUAGCCACUCUCCCUGUCUACCCCUCGUACGCCUGUUGCUUUUUCUCCCCUCGACAACUACAGAAAACUCGAGCAAUGUAUCCCAUCACGAUCCUAGCCGCGGCCGUCGGUCUGCUGAGCGUGCCGGUUCUCGCGUCGCCCGUCGAGACUCACGAUGUCCUCGCCGAGCUCCAGGACCGCGCCAUGAGCGCCCUCGUCGAGUCAGGCGCCGGCAACAAGCGCAGCAGCUGCAACAUCUUCAACGCGCGUUACCGCCGGGACUGGGAGUCCUUCUCGUCCGCGGAGAAGAAGGAUUACAUCAGCGCCGUCCAGUGCAUGUUGACGUCGCCGUCCAAGUCGGAUCCCGAGUUCGCCCCCGGUGCCCGCAACCGGUAUGACGACUUCGUCGCCGUGCACAUCAACCAGACAACCAAGAUCCACGGAACCGGCAACUUCCUGACGUGGCACCGCUACUUCGUCUGGGCCUACGAGGAGGCUCUGCGGAACGAGUGCGGCUACAAGGGCUCCCAGCCGUACUGGAACUGGUUGAAGAACCAGGACGAUCUCACAAAGUCCCCGGUCUUUGACGGCAGCGACACCAGCUUGAGCGGCGACGGUGCGUUUGUCGAGCACAACGGCAGCAUCAGCGGCGCCGGCGCCAUCGUCCUGCCGUCCGGCAAUGGUGGAGGCUGUGUCACCAGCGGCCCGUUCAAAAACAUGACGGUCAACCUGGGGCCCGUCAACCCCGGCAUGGACGGCCUCGAAGCCAGCCCCAGCGGCAAACUCGGCUACAACCCGCGCUGCCUCAGCCGCGACCUGAGCAGCUACACGGCGUCCAAGUGGUUCACCAACGAGAACAUGGUCAACAUCACCGUCGGCCCGGCCUCGCGGAGCGUCGAGCUCUUCCAGAACGAGCUGCAGGGCCGCUUCGCCGACGGCUUCCUCGGCAUGCACGCCGCCGGCCACUUCACCGUCAACGGCGAGGCCAGCGACCUGUACUCGUCCGUCGUCGACCCCAGCUUCUUUCUGCACCACGCCAUGGUCGACCGCGUCUACUGGCUGUGGCAGGCCUUGCACCUCUGGAACGCCUUCGAGAUCGCCGGCACCAUCACCAUCAACAACCGGCCCGCCAGCCGGGACACCCUCAAGAGCGACGUGCUGGACCUGGGUGUCAACGCCGAGAACCGCACCAUCGACGACGUGCUCAACACCAUUGGCGGCUCUCCUUUGUGCUAUGUCUACGCAUAACGGCGCUCUAUAACUAUAACUGACGGGUUUGAGUCUCGUUGGGACUUGGUAGGUAAUAGUUGGUGACUAUUGUGACCUACUCGGCACAUUUUCAACUGGUCCAAUUGUAUACAGAAUUCUUGCACAUAUUGUACAGCUGUGAAUAGACACAGAGGAGUUGGUGUCUGGUGGAUAUCUCUCAUAAUUCACUUCCCGCAAGUGAUGAAACAGUAAAAUUCAACCAAAGAGGCACAACAUCAACCCAGGGUUGAAGAUUCU